AUGAAAUCUCUUGACCUUGUCGAGAACCUCCUCAAGGAACACGAUGUCGCCUUUCGACGCGUCGACGGCUCGAGAUCAAAGAACUACAGGAGGGCUUCGCUGCACGACUUUCGAACGAAAGAUGUGCCGGUGCUCUUGAUGACAUUCGGAACGGGAUCGAUGGGGCUCAACGACCUGAAAGUGGCGCGCCGCGUCCACACCCUCGAACCGCAAUGGAACCCGUCUGUCGAGAACCAAGCCAUCGGUCGCGUGUCGCGGCUCGGCCAGACGAGAGAGGUGACGGUGAUUCGAUAUGUGAUGAAGAAGAGUAUCGAAGAGGUGAGUGAUUUCAAGCCGUUGUUUGAGUGCACUCGGGAUGAUGCUGACCAACCACCGACCUCCCGACCGUCAUUCCUCCCCACCGACUUCCCCGGAUUUUCCUUCAGCGGAGCAGCAGCUAGAAAGCGGGCCGCGCACGAUUUCCGAUUUCCCCAGACGCCAAGUCACAUCGACCCCGCAGCUUUCGCGAUGCAUGACAAGGAUCAGGGGAGGAUUGCCGAGGCUCUAGGACGUUGGGAGGAAGAAGGGGUUUGA